AUGCCACCAAAGAAGGAAGCAGCGGCAGCGAAGGCCAAGGGAUCAGGAAAGGGUGGGAAGGGGAAGAAGCAGGCACCUGAACCUCCAUUGGUGGACGGGAAGCCGCCGCCAGAUGGACGUCAACUGUGGCUUGCCACCGAUGCCCUCCAAAAGGCAAAGGCGAUGCGGAACUAUUUUCAACUUGAACGGGACCGCAUUAUAUCCUUCUGGGAGAUUUCAAAAAAGCAGUUGGGGGAGUUGAAGGCAUCCUGUCGUCAACGUGACCGGGACAAGGCGGAGGCCGAGGAGCGACACGAGGUAGAAAAGAAGGUUUUUAAGCAGAAAAUUCGGCAUCUGCUGUACGAGCACCAGCUGCAACUGGCUGAAAUGACAAGUGAGGCCGAACGGACCCUUGCAAUUCGUGAGGAGGAAUAUCGGCAGAAGGAAAGGAAUGCAGCUAGAGAAAUCCAUGACGGUAAGUUACUGCUGCGUGAACAAGAAAACGAGCACCGAGAAAUGACUUCAGCCCUCAUCGCCGCACACGACAAGGCAAUUGCAGAGCAGCAGCUUUCGUUUGAGCGCAAAAUGAAAGAAAUUCAUCUUAUGUUCGAGAAAAAGACGAGAGAUUUGCGCGAGGAGAUGGAUCAACAGUGCCGGGAGGAAGUUGGUCUGGUUGAGAAGCGGAAGGCGGAUCACAUCGCUGAACUUCGUGAGAUGCACGAACGUACAUUUAAGGAGAUGAAGGACUACUACAGUGAGAUCACGUCGAACAACAUGGAAAUGAUUCGCACGUUGAAGGAUGAGGUGUAUGCCCGAAAGCGAACGGAGGCACACAAUGAGCGGGCAAUGAUGGAUGUGGCGCAGCGUAACCGGAAGUUAACAGAACCCCUAGCGAAGUUACAACGGCAGAAGCGGGAACUUGAGCAGGAACUUGUUAAUUAUGCAAGUGACAAGGAAAAGUUGAAGGCAAUGAAGGCCGAGGUGCAGCAGUGUGAGCAGGAGUUGCGGUCGCUUUCGUGGGAACAUGAAGUACUGUUUCAGCGCUUUGGCAAGUUAGAAGAGGACCGCGACAUCAUCCUCAAAAAGUAUAAUGACAUGUUGCAGGAGAUCCAGCAAAAAGCAACGUUUAGGCGUGUUCUUAUUCAAAGCAAGCUGGAACUUGUGCAAACACAACUAGAGGGGCGUGACGCUCGGCUGACGGAACUGUUGAGAAGGGCCAACAUUGAUCCUGACGGUAUCAGUGAGAUUGAGCGCCGUGUUCGUGAUUUGUCGAUAGAAAAAGAUGCGAUAAUUGGAAAUCUUCAGCAUCUCAUUGGGCAUCUAGCCGACAAGCAGCAGGCACUUGUGUCAGCGUACGAGAAGUAUUUGAAGGGCUACGGCAUCACGGGAUCAAGCAGCACCCUGUAG